CUAAAAUCUAGUAAAGCGAAAUGAAACGGAGAGUUGCAUGGAUGUAGUCCAAGGCCCAAAUUGGAGCUGUUACGCCAAAGGAAAAGAAUUCUUAAUUGGGUUUCAUACAAAUCAGUGUUCCUGAAAAAUUUUCGGUCUCGUUCGGUAAUACAUAACAUUCCCAGAUGAAAUACAUUUGUAAAUACUCCAACAAAAGUUAAUCCCAAAACUCAACCCAAAUUCACAUUCAAUUGUACUCUUACUGGUCAUUCUCAUUACAGAUUCUUAAAAAUCCUAGGAGACAGCAAAGACAGUAAAUAAAUACAUAAAUAACAGAAAUGCUCUGAGGAGAAGCCAUGCUGCUGAUAAAGGCGCGGAGUGCAGGUGUAACCUAAAGGUUCCACAUUUCACCUUUACAGACAAGCGUGUCCUUCCCAUCGUGUUAAAUUGCAUCAGAUAAAUUACAACAGUUUGAAAUUUAUCUCUUCCAAGAAGCGAGAUACAUUGAGAUUGCACGUUCUAGACAAUAUCGUCCGGCGCACUGAGUUAUGACUAAGGGAAUUAGAUUAUUCAUCCUUAAUUAAUUCACGCAGGAGCGUUUUCAGUAGCUCGGGUUAUGUAGCUGUCGAACGCAAGGAUGAAAAGUGGUUAAGAUAUUUGAAUAAGAUGUGGAAGGAAGAAACUUUGAGCAGGUUUCAAGUAAAACUUUCUAUCCCAGCAAUAUCCUGCAUGUACUGAAGACAACGAAUAUCACUAUAAUAUUGUCACUAUAGGCAGCCUCUGGACAGAGAUUUGAAGACGAAUCUUCCUCAUCAUGCAAGAGGGGAACUAACCACUCGUCACAACUUUGGUGGUAGAAACAAGACGAAAUUUACUUUAUUGCUUAAGUGUAAACCUCUCAAUAAGAAGUCGUGUAUUUGAUUUUGAACAUAACACAUAUCAAAUGAUGGAUAAAAAUUAUUUCCAAAUCAUGCGUUCAUUUUAUUCAAAUUAUGCAGGAACCGUACAGGACACGUGAAUGGUUAUAAAGCCGAUAAUCUCGCGGUAACACAGUUCACAAUGAAGUUGUAAUCUCAUUAUUAUUUUUAGUGGGGUGAGACUGAGUCCACAUGGUACGGCGGCCUCUACUGGCUUACUGAACUCAUGCCAACCCCCUGUGAUAGAUAAUGGUGAUUGUGGAGCAAUUGGUGGAAUAACGAUUGGCAGCAGAAAUCGAUGUACUCGGAUGAAACCUGCCCCCAUGACCAGAACUGGGCUCGAACCUGGUCCGACGCGGUGGGAAACCAGAGACUAACUGCCUGAGCUAUGGCGCGCCCACCAAAUUUCCGUCUUGAAACAUCAACGAUAGAAGCUGUGUAACAAUGACUUGCGCGAUAAUGACCUCGUGUGUGUUUGAAGGCUACCACUUCAGAUACGCCGAAAUAGGCGUUGCCAUAUGAAGGCAGUAUGACGCAACAACCAAUCAUAUGGCGAGAACUGACGUCAUAAUUUUCUGCUCGGAAAUUAUGGCCACAUUUGUGCUAGUACGUCAGAAAGCGUGUUGGAAGUGCGACGUUCAGGACAGCAGAUUCUUGGACCCCACGUAUAACACAGCAGACAAUCUUGUGCGUACAAGUUACGUGUUGUACCUAAGAUUACUGCUCAAAUAAUACAAAUGAUUGCCGGACCUUUACACGUUCAGCAGAGUCUUACUGACAAGUAUGGGGUUGCUGUUUGAGUCACUUUUUCUGGAUGUGGGGAUCCUGGUGGCUUGUGUCCUCUCAGUGGUUUACGCCUAUUCCAAGUGGUCAUUCUCUUACUGGAAGAAACGUAAUGUACCGUACGUCGAACCGUGUUUCCCAUUUGGAAAUUUCGGGGAGGUGGCUUUAGUGCGGAAACAUUUCGGAUAUUUCAUGAGAGACAUUUACACAAGGCUUGAAGGGCACAGAUAUGGAGGAGUUUAUAUGCUCAACAGUCCGCUAUUAUUACUCCGAGACCCUGAUCUAAUUAAGGAUGUUCUAGUUAAGGAUUUCUCUACUUUCCAUGAUCGUGGUGUCUAUAUGAAUGAAGAAGUAGAACCUCUGACAGGGAAUUUAUUUUCAUUACCCGGAAAGCGAUGGAGAAACCUUAGGGUCAAGUUGAGCCCAACUUUCACAUCCGGGAAGAUGAAAAUGAUGUUCCAGAGACUUGUAGAAUGUGGAGACGAACUCAAACUAUGCUUGGAAAAUAUUGCGGGAAGGGGAGAGGUUAUUGAGGUCAAGGAUAUUUUAGGUAGGUUCAGCACGGACGUAAUUUCGUCCUGUGCUUUUGGUAUCGAGUGCAAUUGCCUGAAGAAUGAAAACGCGGAAUUUAGACAGUGGGGAAGAAAAAUUUUCCAACCAUCAAUCAGACAAAUAAUUAUGGCAAUUUUAUCAAAUACUGCACCAAUUGUGUUAGAUAAGCUAAAGUUGUCUACUUUUGAUCCAAACGUUUCCAAAUAUUUCCGCAAAAUGGUGCAGGAAACAGUUGAAUAUCGCGAAAUGAAUAACGUGAAGCGCAAUGAUUUCAUGCAACUGUUGAUACAGCUUAAGCAGAAGGGCAGCUUGGACUCCGAACAGGGAGCUGAGGACCGAAGUGACGAAGAAUUCAGUGGAAUUGGUGAAACAGCGGAUGGUCUGUCAAUGAACUCCCUGGCUGCCCAAGCUUUUGUCUUCUUCCUUGCGGGUUUUGAGACAUCCUCGACUACCAUGACGUUUUGCCUGUACGAGCUGUCAGUAAACCCAGACAUACAGGAGCGCCUGCGCACAGAGAUCGACAUGGUGCUGGAGAAACACGACGGGAAACUAUCAUACGAAGCCAUCCAGGAGAUGAGCUACUUGGACAAAGUUGUAUCAGAAACUCUCCGAAAAUAUCCGCCGAUUUCAGGGCUAAUGCGGGAGUGUUCGAAGCCAUACAAAAUUCCGGGAACAGACAUUGUUCUGGACACCCGAAUGCGGGUUCUCAUACCCGUGAUUGGUCUUCACCACGACCCUAAAUAUUACCCCGAACCUCACAGGUUUGACCCCGAACGGUUCAGUGAGGAAGAGAAGCAGAAGAGACACCAUUAUGUCUACCUUCCUUUCGGAGAGGGGCCCAGAAUUUGUAUAGGGAUGCGGUUCGGAUUGAUGCAAACCAAGGUGGGACUGGUUUCUCUUCUCUCCAAAUACCAGUUCAGUGUCAGCAAGAAAACGCCUGUUCCUCUGGUGUUCGAUCCCAAGUUAUUCAUACUGGCUCCUGCUGGUGGGAUGUGGCUGCAGAUUAAAAAGAGAAGCAUGGAAUAAGAUGAACUCCUGCUCUGAGUACAAGCAACACAAGCCUUUACGACACACCACAUUCAUAGUCACUUCAUCGUGCUCAAUUCAAAAGUCUAAAUGGUAUAAAUGGUUAAGAGUUCCAAAUAACUUUAUCAGGUGAUCAGUCGCCGGGUUCAAGCUUAGGUCAGGACAUGUUGGAUUUGUGGUGGACAAAGUGACAUUGGGGCAGGUUUUCUCCGAGUACUUCGGUUUCCCCUGCUAAUUCU